CUCUCCAAUAAAGGCUCUCACCCCUCUCCUUCCUGCUCACUCCGCCGUCUCCGCCUCCUCCGCAAACCCCACUACCUCGUCGGAACCCUAGAACCCAGCCCGACCUGCGCCCCCGCCGCUGCCGCCAUGAGAGAGAUCCUCCACAUCCAGGGCGGCCAGUGCGGCAACCAGAUCGGGGCCAAGUUCUGGGAGGUGAUCUGCGACGAGCACGGCAUCGACCAGACCGGCAGGUACGCGGGCGACUCCGACCUCCAGCUCGAGCGGAUCAAUGUCUACUACAACGAGGCCAGCGGGGGGCGCUUCGUCCCGCGCGCCGUGCUCAUGGACCUCGAGCCGGGCACCAUGGACUCGGUACGCUCGGGGCCUUACGGCCAGAUCUUCCGCCCCGAUAACUUCGUUUUCGGCCAGUCCGGUGCCGGGAACAACUGGGCCAAGGGCCACUACACCGAGGGCGCCGAGCUCAUCGACUCCGUGCUCGACGUCGUCCGCAAGGAGGCCGAGAACUGCGACUGUCUCCAAGGGUUCCAGGUCUGCCACUCGCUGGGAGGAGGUACUGGUUCAGGAAUGGGCACCCUGCUCAUCUCCAAGAUCAGAGAGGAGUACCCGGACCGCAUGAUGUUGACAUUCUCUGUCUUCCCGUCACCGAAGGUGUCUGAUACUGUCGUGGAGCCGUAUAAUGCCACGCUCUCCGUUCACCAGCUCGUUGAGAAUGCGGAUGAGUGCAUGGUGCUUGACAAUGAGGCUCUCUAUGACAUCUGCUUCCGCACAUUGAAGCUCGCAACACCAACCUUUGGUGAUCUCAACCACCUCAUCUCUGCAACCAUGAGUGGUGUUACGUGCUGCCUUCGCUUCCCUGGUCAGCUGAAUUCUGAUCUCCGGAAGCUUGCUGUCAACUUGAUACCUUUCCCGCGUCUUCACUUCUUCAUGGUCGGAUUCGCUCCACUGACCUCACGUGGCUCCCAGCAGUAUCGUGCCCUCACUGUGCCAGAGCUGACCCAGCAGAUGUGGGAUGCCAAGAACAUGAUGUGUGCUGCUGACCCUCGUCACGGCCGCUACCUCACGGCAUCUGCCAUGUUCCGUGGGAAGAUGAGCACCAAGGAAGUGGACGAGCAGAUGCUCAAUGUGCAGAACAAGAACUCGUCAUACUUUGUGGAAUGGAUCCCCAACAACGUGAAGUCGAGCGUGUGUGACAUUCCACCCAAGGGCCUGAAGAUGGCGUCCACAUUCAUCGGCAACUCAACGUCUAUCCAGGAGAUGUUCCGCCGUGUCAGUGAACAGUUCACAGCCAUGUUCAGGAGGAAGGCUUUCUUGCAUUGGUACACUGGUGAGGGCAUGGAUGAGAUGGAGUUCACCGAGGCCGAGAGCAACAUGAACGACCUGGUAGCCGAGUACCAGCAGUACCAGGACGCCACGGCUGAGGACGAAGAGGACUAUGAGGAGGAAGAAGAGGAGGUUGCUGCCUAAGUCAACUAGAUAUCUGUUUGUUACAGAUAUCCCUUGUGUCACUAUUAGUCAUUAUUAUGUCGCUUGGGGUGAUUGUGGUGAUGUUAGGUACUAGAUGAUGUUAUCGCUUAUGAAUGCUAUGGUGCCGUGACAAACUGCAUUUCUUGUUGUGUUAAUGGUUGCUCAAGUUGUUAUUACCAUGGGGUAGCUUAACUGAUUGUAUUGUUAUUGCUAGUACAAGUGUUUUUUUAGAACUUGCAGUGGUAUCUAGUUGACUGGCAGCAUAAGUGUUAUA